AACAACUAAGGGGAGAGAAGAUGGCCUUAGCCGGGGUGCGCAAGAUGGAGCUGGAGGAAGCUCUGGCCCUGGGGCCUAACUGGCGGCAUGCGUGCCACGCGCUGCUCUACGCGCCAGACCCUGGGCUGCUCUUCCGCCGCAUCCCACUGCGUUACGCGAUCCUGAUGCAGAUGCGCUUUGACGGGCGUUUGGGCUUCCCCGGAGGUUUCAUGGAGUUGCAGGACGGUAGCCUGGAGGACGGGCUGAACCGCGAGCUGAUAGAGGAGCUGGGGGAGGCAGCGGCUGCCUUCCGCGUGGAGCGGGCAAACUACCGCAGCUCUCACGCGGCGUCCGGCCCACGGGUGGUGGCUCACUUCUAUGCCAAGUGUCUGACGCUGGAGCAGCUGACUGCAGUGGAGAAGGGCGCGCCGUUUGCCAAGGACCACGGGCUGGAGGUGCUGGGCCUGGUGCGGGUGCCCCUGUAUACCCUGCGGGAUGGUGUAGGAGGCCUGCCUACCUUCCUGGAAAACGCCUUUAUUGGAGCUGCGCGGGAGCAGCUGCUGGAAGUCCUCAAGGACUUAGGACUGCUGGAAUCUGAUUCUGUCCGUGGGACUUAAGAACUCAGCUCUGAGAUCAGGACCUUUGAACUCCGGAGGGAGGGAGGAGAAAGGGAAUGUUUUCUAGGCCUGGGCCUGAAGGUGGUAACGUAUUAAAAAGAAAGAAGUGUGUGCAAUAUGUUCUGAGCAGAGAGCUCUCAGCAACUCAUGGCAUCAGGGACAAAAAUCUGCAGCUCACCGCAGAAGCCCUGGCAAAUUCCCAGAGCCUGCCUCCUCCCUGUACCUUUGCACAUGCAUCCCGGCAGCCCCCAGAGAUGUGAAUGCUAAGUCUGUGCCCACACACAAGCUGGUGCCUCCCUGACCCCUAAAAUUUAGUUUAACCAGGAAGUGGCAUAUGUGGGGCGUAAGUUGUCACCAUCCCACUCUCUUGCUGGGGAGGAGCUUCUGAACCCCAUUCCUACAUGGCUGCUGUCCAUGGUCUCUCCCAGCUCAUGAUUGUUAUGGAGCGCAGAGAAGCAGAGGACCCUUUUUCCUUCUGAAAGUGGUUGUACCCUUGCCUGGGAGUUGGCCAAAGCAGUAUACUCUGAAAGGUGGUAAAGGGUCCUAACCAGCCCUGACUGGUGUGGCUCAGUCAGUUGGGUUGCUGGUUUGAUUCCCGGUCAGGGCACAUGCCUGGGGUGCGGGUUAAGUCUUCUCAGUCGGGGCGCAUGCAGGAAGCAACCGAUUGAUGUUUCUCUCUCACGUUGGUGUUUCUCUCUCUUUGCCCCUCCCUUCCCUUGUCUCUAAGAAUAAAGAAAUAAAAUCUUUUUU